ACAUGCGUGCAUGAAUUGGGACAUGCUUGCAUUUUCAAAGUAAAUCAACCGUUUGCAACUAUGAGCGCGUCUUCAAACUGGCUCUGUGCCCGGAUGCUGCGCUCCAGAGGCGCAGUCGCCGCGCGCGCACACGAGCAGCUGCUUCAAAGCUUACCUAAUGGCCAAAGGUUUACAUCCAGCUCGUCAGAGCUUGAUCCGUCGCCGUGGCGAGCGUCGACAGUAGCCGAAUCAGCCCCUACGCCGCACACCAGCGAAGGCAGUGUCGGCGGCCCGUGCUUGCCACAGUCGACGGCGUCCAGCGAGCGCUCGGCGCCAGUCGCCUCGAGCUCAGGCCGUGUGGCUUGGAUCGCAGUGCCGUGGCCGCUGCCGCCGUUCUCCGGUGCAACAGCGCUGCACCAGCACGGCGCCGCAGCAACGCCAGGCCUGCCGCCGCACCCGGCCGCCUGCGCGUCUUGGCACCGGCACCUCUCCUCAUCUCCCGCGGCGUCGGCGUCGGCAUCGGCAGCCACACUAUUCGCCUCUACCUCUGCCGCUGGCGCCGGCAGCCGAUCACCCAGCGGCCGGCGCAAAGGCAGCGCCGAAGGCUCCAGAGGUGGUGGCGGCGCCGUCACGGCCUCGACGCCGCCGGAGCCGCUGCCGGCGGCGGUGGACUUCAAAGACCUGGCGUCUGCGCUCGGGCGAGCAGCAGCUGGUAGCAGUGGUGGUAGCGGCGGGUCUGCCGCCGCCGCCGCCGCCGACCCAGAUGCCUUCAACUUCGUACAGGUCGGCCGGCCCAUCCGCAUGCGCCUGCCUCAGCCGCAGCAGUCGCGGGGGCCGCAGGACCAGGCGGCGGAGGGCGGCGGCGGCAGUAGCCCGCAGGAGCGGCGGCGGCAGCGCUGGCAGCGGCGGGAAGAAGUCGCGGCGCUCACGCCAGGCCUCGGGUCGGCUGCAAGCGGCGAGCCCGCGCACGCGAGCAGCAGCACCGGCAGUAGCAGUAGCAGUAGCACUGGCAGUAGCAGUAGCAGUAGCACCGAUGGGGAACUGGACACCGCAGUUACUGACGAGGCCUCAGCGGAGCCGGGCGUGCUGGAGCGCAUUCCGAUGCUGCACCCCAUGCAGCGGCAGCAGACGCCGCUGCACCCGCGCGCGGCGGCGGAGCUGUGGCGCGCGGCGGAGGCACUGGCGGGCAGCGGGCGGAUGGUGCGGGUGGCGGUGGGGCGCCAGGGUUUGACACGCGGCGUGCUGGCCCAGGCGGGCGAGCUGCUGGAGGUGCACGAGCUGGUGCGGUUGUACCUGCUGCCCAACUGCUCUCUGGAGGUGGGGUUCGUGGGCUGGGUGGCGGAGGCGGCGCUGGACUGUGUGGUGCUGAGGACCAAGGGCCGCACCGUCACGCUGUACAGGGAGCGUGGCCUGCCCCGCCCGCCCGCCAGCUUCAAGCAGUCGCCUGAGGACGAGCCCCUGCCCGCCGGACUGGGCAGCAGCAGCAGCAGCAGCAGCAGCAGCAGCAGCAGUGGCGGGAAUGGCGGCGGAAUUAGCAGCACUGGCGUCGGCCGUGCUGCUACAGCGACGGCGGGUGUGAGCAGGGAUGAGCGGCGGCUUGGGCGUGGGCCGGCAGACGUGGAGCGUGCUGGCCGCGGUUUGGAUGCUGUAGGCGCUGCCGGUGGCGGGUCCGCCGGUAGCGGGAGUGACCGUGAGGGUGGCGGCGCCUCUGGCCAAGGUGAUGAUGGGACGGAGGCCGGGGGCCGGGCGGCAGGCGGGGCGCUGCAUCGGGGUGGCCAUGCUUCGCUGGCGACGCGGUUCCGGCGGCACUGGGCGCAGAGGCGGGAGCUCGGCGUGCGGCUGCGGGUGGCGCCGGGGGUAGCGCCGCCGCCGCGGUCAUAGGCCGCCUGAUAGGCGGGCAAGGGGCACCGCCGUGGCGGCCGAGGGCAGUGUGAGCCGUCGUGAUAGCUGCGCCAGCACCAUCGAUAACUGUGCUGGCUCAAAACUUCCUCAGCGAAAUUGAUUUUGUCGCGACCGGAAAGUGGCUUGGACUGGAGCAGCCGUUGUUUCGACCUUGAGGACGGGCGGGAUGUCGGGGGCCUAGCGAGCCCUGUGAGCUUGCAACGUGUUCCUAUGUGUUCUGCUUUUCGUCGGACAGCUUUCCAAGUCAAGACGUCUGCUGGAUGUCUGUGCUGGGGUUGGCCCAGGAAAGCGGGAUGGCCCGGCACUGUUGGAUGGCCGGGCGGGCUCGGUUACAUACCCCGGUCAGGUCGUCCUCAAGUAGGCAGGUUAUGUGGCCGGGGGCUAUGCUGGAUGGCCGCGACGUCUGGAUGAGUCUCCGACCCCGAUGCGCUGGAUGGCCCGCCCAGGCAUCCUUCCCACCCUCCGGCAUAGCGCAGUGGUGGGGAGUGGGGACGGCGGUUAGUCCGCUGGGCUCCGCCAGCUAUACAACUCUCGGAGGCCUACCAGUAACCCCUGGCAAACAUAAAAUGUUCUUGUAUUUCCUUAGCAAGGCUGGCAACUCGGCAGGCCCGAUGUGUGAGGCGACGCCAGCGAUUCAUCUGCCCGACUUGCUCG